AUAGCAUUUUGAAUUUUGCCUUCCAUUUGUUCAUUGCUAGUAUAUAGAAACAAUUGACUUUUGUGUGUGUUGACCUUAUAAUCUGUGACCUUGCUUAACUCAUUUAUUAGUUCCCGGAGCUUUUUUUUUUUUCAAGAUUCCUUGGGAUUUUCUACAUAGACAAUCAUGUCAUCUGCAAAUAGGGACAGUUUAAUUUCUUCCUUUCCAUUGUUUGUUCAGAGAACCAGCUCAGUUGGACUCUACCGAUUAAACCAUGGGUUUUCAGUGAAUACAAAAUCAUGUGGUUUAAAUCCUGUAGAAUGACUUUUGCCUGCUUGAAUAGAAUGAAAAGUUACAGGUACCCUUGGACAAGACCGUACAGCACUUCUGGAACCACUGUAGACAGCAGUGAGGUAAAAACCUUCCUGGCCCUGGCUCACAGGUGGUGGGAUGAGCAAGGAGUGUAUGCGCCUCUUCAUUCUAUGAACGACCUGAGGGUACCAUUUAUUAGAGACAAUCUUUUAAAAACAGUUGCUAAUCACCAGCCAGGAAAACCUUUGUCUGGGAUGAAGAUUCUUGAUGUUGGCUGUGGUGGUGGAUUGUUAACUGAACCUCUAGGGCGGCUUGGGGCUUCAGUUAUUGGAAUCGAUCCUGUGGAUGAGAACAUUAAAACAGCACAGCGCCAUAAAUCAUUCGAUCCAGUCCUGGAUAAGAGGAUAGAGUACAGAGCAUGUUCCCUGGAAGAGAUUGUGGAAGAGACUGCAGAAACAUUUGAUGCUGUCGUAGCUUCCGAAGUUGUAGAACAUGUGAUUGAUCUAGAAACAUUUGUACAGUGCUGCUUUCAAGUGUUGAAACCCAGUGGUUCUUUAUUCAUUACUACAAUCAACAAGACCCAGCUGUCUUAUGCCUUGGGAAUUGUUUUUGCAGAGCAAAUUGCAGGUAUUGUACCAAAAGGUACUCAUACAUGGGAGAAGUUUGUUUCACCCGAAAAGCUAGAGAGCAUUCUGGAAUCAAAUGGUCUGUCAGUUCAGACUGUGGCAGGAAUGCUCUACAACCCUUUCUCAGGGUACUGGCAUUGGAGUGAAAAUACCAGCCUUAACUAUGCAGCUUAUGCUGUGAAGUCCGGGGUUCAGGAACACCAGGUGCCAGCUGAGUUUGUUUUAAAGGAGGAAGCAGAAGAGCUCCAAGCCACAGCCUCUACCAACCCAGCUGUGCAUGAAGAGCUGAAGAAAUGAAUUGUUUCUAGAGACUGUAGUAAUAUGGCUUGAAAGUCUGAUGUUUACAAAUACAAAGAAUAUAUAAUUUGUCUUUGGAGAGAGGAUCAUGAAGAAAAGAGAGUCAAUAAAAAGGGCUAAGACCUUGGAUAAAAGUUUUGUUGUUU